AUGUCCGCUGAAGAAGAAAAACAGUUUAUAGAAGAAGUCGAGGACAAAGCACAAGAAGACGACCUUGCAGAUUUAGUUUUAAUUUUCAAGAACCCCUACACCGAUCCUGACAAAGGCUUGCUGUGCCAGCUCAAUUCUUGGAUGAAAGAGAAAGAAGCCAAACAUUUUUAUCGAGUCAUUUUCAAACUUCACGACAAAGAAACAGAAAUCCCUCUAUUCCAGCGUAUUGAAAAAGAAAUAGACCCCCUAAUUGAAGGGUGUGCUAAAGACGGCUGAGUGAAUCUCAGAGAUAUAGGCUCUUCCAUCAUCCAAAAUGUCUUCAAGGUUUUACAAGACCACUUGAAGCUAGAAAUCCAGCUCUUUUAUUCGAGAGACCGUGACGAAAUAUUUUGCAGGGUCAUAUGUAGCGAAACUAACCUGAUGGUGCAGGCAGACCUGAUUGAUUACCCUCUUCAGUUUAAAAAACGGAUAUUGGAUUUGCAGGACUUCAAGCAGGUAUCACCAUAUGGCCCUUUUGAAAAGACAGAAAGCUCAUUAGAACUAUAUAAGAGGUAUGAUGAAAUGGAAAUGGAGAUUUCUGACAGUAAAGGUACAUUAUUCCAAUACAAAGAUAAAGAAAGAAUUGUCUACUCAAUUAUCAAUAGCAGCGUAGAUCUGGCUAACCUUCAAGCAGAAGGACUACUAACUAAUGUUUUAGCAUUGCAUAGGAAAAAACAAUUAGAUUAUUUCGUGCAAACCUGGGCACUCAACAAAAACCCUUUUAAGCGCCAAGACGUUGACAGGCUGAGGGUUUAUUUUGGUGAAAAAAUCGCAAUGUAUUUUGCAUGGAUUGAGUUUUUGACUGCGUUUUUGGCUCCUUUUGCGAUUAUUAGCAUUAUUUUAGGAAUCAUCUUUUAUGCUUUUGAAGAUGAGGAUGACGAGGAUGACUCUCUUACAGGUGGAGAAGUAACAAUUGUGAUUCUUGCUUUUAUGCUGCCUAUUUUGUCUACUUUUUAUGACCAGUUCUGGCUCCGAGAACAAUCAAAGUUGGCUUGGCGCUGGGGGACGACAGAAAUUGAAGCCUUGAACGAGCAGAGGCCACAAUUUCGAGGAGAGUUCAAAAAAGAUGAAAUUACUGGAAGAAUGAAAAAAGUCGCACCAGCUAGUCAUUGGACCACAACAAGGAAAGCGAUUGGGUUUUCUGUCUUACUCCCCUCCGCGAGCGAACAAAAAAAUUUUGUUCGCUCACGUAGGGAAAUUAAUUUUAUUUUUUUAAAAAAUUUAUAUAUAAUUUUUUUUUAAAAAAAUAAUCCCAAUUCGCAAAAAUUGGAAAGAAUUUAAUUUGCAAAAUUUAUGUUUUAAAAGCAAUUUGUUUAAAAUUAACAAAAUAGGCUAGAGAUUUCAUUAUAUUAAUUAUCACUUAUAUAUCAAAUUUUUAUAUCAAAAAAAUUUUUGUUCGCUCACGGAGGUAGGAGUUAGCGCUUUUCGUCACACUUGUCUUGUCCUGUGUGAUUGUUUUAUUUGUUUAUAGAUCUACCUUAGAUCAGAGAUCGUGGAAAGUUACAGCUGUAGGAGUAGGAAAUGCAAUUCAAAUCAAAAUUUUCAACUUAAUUUACGCAAGAGUCGCACAGCAGCUUAAUGAUUGGGAAAACUAUGAAACUUAUAAUGAUUAUAAUGAUGGGCUCACUCUCAAACUUUUCUUGUUUCAGUUUGUCAACUGUUAUUCUAGCUUGUUUUAUAUUGCUUUUUGUAAAGGAAACUUUGAGGGGUGCGUUGAUGAAGACUGUAUUUAUGAACUUACAAAGCAGCUUGAAUCAAUUUUUAUUACAAAUUUCUGCCUAAACCUAGUAGAAAUUUAUUUACCAUUACUAACUACUAACUCCCCCCCCUCCGUGAGUGAACAAAAAAAUUUUUUGUUCACUCACGGAGGGGGGUUAAUUUUUUUUUUUUUCGAAAUUUAAAAAAAUCUAAUUCGCAAAAAUUGGAAAGCAAAUAUUAAUUUAAUUUAUAAAAUUUAUGUUUUAAAAAGCAAUUCGUUUGAAAUUAAACAGAAUUAGCUCUAGAUUUCAUUAUACUAAUUAUCAUUUAUAUAUCAAAAUUUUUUCAAAAAAAAUUUUUUGUAUUAAAAAAAUUUUUAUUCACUCACGGAGGGUGGGUUUUUGGGCAAAAAAUAGCGAUUUUUCUAAUGGUUUUGUUCACUCACGGAGGGGGGGGGAGUAAGUACAAAAAUUGGUCUGAAGAGAAAAGGGUCAAAAAACUCAGAGAAAAAGACCCUAGCUAUAGAAUAAAUUUAACUCCAGCUGAAUCCCAAGCAAAAUUAUCUAAAUAUGACACUCCCUUAUCUGUAAAAUUUAUGUAGGAUUAUAUGGAAAUUAUAAUGGCAUAUGGGUAUGUCAUUCUUUUUGGAGCCAGUUUUCCAUUUUCUUUGGCUUUGCUAUUCUUCUUAAUUUUCAUAGAAAUUAAAGUUGAUGCUUGGAAGAUGUGCACGUUGACUCAAAGGCCAUACCCCCAGAGGUCAAAUUCUAUUGGAGUUUGGCUUCAGAUUAUUCAGGUGAUUUCUUUUAUUGGAGCAGGGACAAAUAUGGCAAUAAUAAUAUUUACCACCGAUGCUUUUGAAAUUGAGGAUACCAAAAAUAAAUGGUUGAUAUUCCUUAUUCUUGAGCACAGCUUAAUUAUCCUGAAAAUAAUUCUGAAUGUCCUCAUCCCAGAUAUCCCAACUAUUGUUACAAAAGGCCUUAUGUGGAGUAAGGUUCAAGUCGACGAAAAACUGUACGGAAAAAUUUCUGAUGUAGAUAAAUGCAGGCGCCUCAAAAACCUAGAUUUUGAGGACCCUCCAAAUUCCCAAAAAGUCAAGACAGACUUCAAAUCAAUUCCUUUUUCAACUGAGUAA